AUGGUCCGCACUAAGAAAAUCAUAAAUGUCAGUUCCUUCAAAGGAGAACCAAAAUUGACAGAUUUUGAACUUGUUGAAGAAGACUUGCCUGAAUUGAAAGAUGGGGAAAUUCUCAUUGAAGCUAUCUAUUUAUCCGUUGAUCCAUAUAUGAGACCAUAUAUGAGUCGUUUUCCGGUUGGAAGCUUAAUGAUUGGUGGACAAGUCGCUAAAAUCAUUGAAUCGAAGAAUGCAAAGUUUCCAGUAGGUUCUAUCGUAUUUUCCCAAAGUGGUUGGAGCACUCACACAAUCUUAAAGCCAGAUAACCUUUCUGUGAAUGAAUUCACAAUGCUGCCUGAUUUUGGUUCUCAAUCAUAUUCAUUAGCUGUAGGAGCUUGUGGUAUGCCUGGAAACACUGCAUAUUUUGGAUUCUUAGAAAUUUGUCAACCAAAAGAAGGUGAAACUGUUGUCGUUACUGCUGCAGCUGGUGCUGUUGGUUCACUUGUAGGUCAAAUUGCUAAAAUCAAAGGAUGCAAAGUUAUCGGAUUUGCUGGAUCUGAUGAAAAGUGUGCAUGGCUUGAAAAUGAACUUGGUUUUGAUAAAGCCAUCAAUUACAAAACAAAGGAUUUAGCUAAAGCUUUGAAAGAAGCAGCUCCAAAAGGUGUUGACUGUUAUUUCGAUAAUGUUGGUGGAGAACUUAGCAGUGUAAUUUUGCAUCAAAUGAAACCACAUGGAAGAAUUUCAGUUUGUGGUGCUAUUUCUGGAUAUAAUGAUCAACAAGUUAUGGUUCCAGCACCUCAAGGCUUAUUCGUUUGGGGUCAGUUAAAAAUGGAAGGCUUCAUUGUUCAUCGAUGGACCAAUAGAUGGUUAGAAGGAAUCAAUCAAAUGUUGAGCUGGAUCAGUGAGGGAAAGAUCAAAAUUGAAGAGACUUACACUGAAGGUUUUGAAAAUAUGCCACAGGCUUUUAUUGAUAUGCUUAAUGGAAAGAACACUGGAAAGGCUGUUGUGAAAGCUUAA